UUUACGUCGGCGAGCGUGAGGGCGGUGUAAGUGCAGAUUUUAGACCGGUUACGCCGAUACCGAGGAGAACGCCGGGGGAUAGUGGAUUUACGGUGACCGGAGCCCUCGUAUCUUUUCACCGGACUGUCACGGUGACCAACCGGGACGACGGAUUCAGUCACCGACCGGGUAACGACUCGCCUCGGUCUCGUGUGUCGAGUUGCUCAUACAACGGGAAGAACUUAAGAGAACGGGAGCGGGGCCAUUUCGUGCAACUUCGAGCUGUCAGCUGCGGUACGGCGGGUCGCGGGAGUAGACUUACGGCCGAGGGGACCCCCGAGCGGCCCGGUUCCACAUCAGCGACCGAAGCCGGGGAGCAGGGGGGCCGCGUAGCCGGAGGGCGGCGUGUCGGCCAGCAGGGCCGUGCUGAAGUCUGAACCUGCGCAGGGAGAAGUAAUCACUGGGGGCCGGGUCAUCCGGACAGAGACCUCAUGAAUGGAAAUCGGAACAACAGGAGACGUUGGAGCAGCCGCUGAACCCCAAGUCCUUUUCUCGUUGCCAAAGCGGCCUUGCUAUGGCACCCUUGGGAAGCCCAUCAAGCUUCUGGCCAACUGCUUCCAGGUGGAAAUACCCAAGAUCGAUGUCUAUCUGUAUGAGGUGGACAUCAAGCCUGAUAAAUGUCCUCGCCGGGUCAACAGAGAGGUGGUGGACUCCAUGGUCCAGCAUUUCAAGGUGACCAUCUUUGGCGACUGUCUGCCAGUUUACGAUGGGAAGAGAAGCCUCUACACUGCUAGCCCACUUCCUGUCGCCACUGGUGGGGUCGAUCUUGAUGUCACCCUGCCAGGUGACGGUGGGAAGGACCGCCCCUUUAAAGUCACCAUCAGGUUUGUGUCAUUGGUCAGCUGGCACAUGCUGCACGAAGUCUUGACGGGACGCGCCGUGGCUGAGCCGGUGGACCUGGAGAAACCCAUCAGCACCAACCCCGUUCACGCCGUGGACGUGGUUCUUCGACACCUGCCCUCCAUGAAGUACACGCCUGUCGGACGAUCCUUCUUCUCGUCCCCAGAGGGCUACGACCACCCGCUAGGUGGAGGGAGAGAGGUUUGGUUUGGAUUCCAUCAGUCAGUGCGGCCAGCUAUGUGGAAAAUGAUGCUCAAUAUCGAUGUGUCAGCCACAGCUUUUUACAAAGCCCAGCCAGUCAUCCAGUUCAUGUGUGAGGUCCUGGACAUUCACAACAUUGACGAGCAGCCCCGCCCUCUCACUGACUCUCACAGGGUCAAGUUCACCAAAGAGAUCAAAGGUCUUAAAGUGGAAGUGACACACUGUGGAACCAUGCGUAGGAAGUACAGAGUCUGCAAUGUAACACGACGCCCUGCCAGCCUCCAGACAUUUCCGUUGCAGCUUGAGAGCGGUCAGACAGUUGAGCGUACCGUGGCGCAGUACUUCAGAGAGAAGUACAGCCUGCAGCUAAAGUACCCUCACCUGCCUUGUCUGCAGGUGGGCCAGGAACAGAAACACACCUACCUGCCCCUGGAGGUGUGCAACAUUGUACCUGGACAGCGCUGCAUCAAAAAACUAACGGACAACCAGACAUCGACCAUGAUCAAAGCAACAGCCCGCUCUGCCCCAGACAGACAGGAGGAGAUCAGCAGACUGGUGAGGAGUGCAAAUUACGAGGCCGACCCGUUCGUCCAGGAGUUUCAGUUCCGCGUGCGAGAUGAGAUGGCUCAGGUGACGGGCCGCGUCCUGCCGGCGCCCAUGCUGCAAUAUGGCGGCAGGGUGAGCUCUGAACCCUUUAUGUCCCAGCAGAUCAACCCUGCACUGUCGUUGCAGAACCGCACGGUGGCCACGCCCAGCCACGGCGUGUGGGACAUGAGGGGGAAGCAGUUUCACACCGGAGUGGAGAUCAAGAUGUGGGCCAUCGCCUGCUUUGCCACCCAGAGGCAGUGCCGAGAAGAGAUCCUGAAGAGUUUCACUGACCAGCUGCGCAAAAUCUCAAAGGACGCUGGGAUGCCAAUCCAAGGCCAGCCAUGUUUCUGUAAAUACGCCCAGGGAGCCGACAGCGUGGAGCCCAUGUUCAGACACCUGAAGAACACCUACGCUGGGCUACAGCUCAUCAUCGUAAUCCUGCCUGGGAAAACGCCUGUCUAUGCUGAGGUGAAGCGAGUAGGCGACACCCUCCUUGGCAUGGCAACCCAGUGUGUGCAGGUGAAGAACGUGGUGAAGACGUCCCCUCAGACCCUCUCCAACCUCUGCCUCAAGAUCAACGUCAAGCUGGGAGGCAUCAACAACAUCUUGGUUCCACACCAGCGACCAUCUGUGUUCCAGCAGCCUGUCAUCUUCCUCGGGGCGGAUGUCACUCAUCCUCCAGCAGGAGACGGGAAAAAGCCAUCUAUUGCAGCGGUGGUGGGCAGCAUGGACGCCCACCCCAGCAGGUACUGUGCUACGGUGCGGGUCCAGAGGCCGAGACAGGAGGUCAUCCAGGACUUGGCCUCCAUGGUGCGAGAGCUCUUGAUCCAGUUCUACAAAUCGACCCGCUACAAGCCAACCAGGAUCAUCUUCUACAGGGACGGCGUCUCGGAGGGACAGUUCAGACAGGUGCUGUACUAUGAGCUGCUGGCCAUCAGGGAGGCGUGCAUCAGUCUAGAGAAGGAAUACCAGCCGGGGAUUACUUACAUUGUUGUACAGAAACGCCAUCACACGCGUCUCUUCUGUGCAGAUCGCAACGAGCGGGUUGGACGAAGUGGAAACAUUCCUGCCGGCACCACAGUGGACACAGACAUCACCCACCCCUACGAGUUUGACUUUUACCUCUGCAGUCACGCUGGAAUCCAGGGUACGAGCCGGCCCUCCCACUACCACGUUCUGUGGGACGACAACUGUUUCACCGGCGACGAGUUCCAGCUCCUCACCUACCAGCUGUGCCACACCUACGUCCGAUGCACGCGCUCCGUCUCCAUCCCAGCACCGGCCUACUACGCCCACCUGGUGGCCUUCCGCGCCCGCUACCACCUGGUUGACAAAGAGCACGACAGUGCGGAGGGCAGCCAUGUUUCAGGCCAGAGUAACGGCAGGGACCCCCAGGCGCUGGCCAAGGCUGUUCAGAUCCACCACGACACACUGACGACCAUGUAUUUUGCCUGAACGUCCCCCCCCUCGACUUCCCUCCAUCUGUCCCAGCCAGUCUUGGUGUCUGACUCCCACCAGCCGCAUCGACUCAUCGGGCAGAGUGACCCCGCCCGCUCCCCCUUCCCCUCCCUCCUUGUGCCGGUGCAGCUUUUCGUCCGAUGAGGACGGCUGCGACCGCAGGCUGCGUCGGGGUGCAGUAAGCCAGAGAGGAGUUACAGCCACAUUAUGCAAUUUGAAACCAGCCAGUUGUUUUGCAUCUCUCUGUCACCUUUACCUCCUCUGCUGUAUUUACACAAUGGAUUCUGUUUUACUUUUUAAAGCUCACAAGUCACAUCCCUGCUUUCCCGUUUUGACAGCAGCUCAAAAGUUGUUCUUUUCGCCUUGUGUUUAAAAAAAAAAGAAAAAAAAAAGAAAAGGCGAAUACAAAAACUGAAGAUUUUUGGUGCGUGGUUGGAAGCAGAACCAGUGAGGACCGGAGCCGCUCCAUAGCCUCACGUUGAGCCGAUUGUUGCCGAUUCAUAUUGUAGACGGUUUUAUAUGUUUUGUUUGUGACUUUUCAGCUUUUCUAGAUACUGUCUGUGUUCUCUCUCUCUCUCUCUCUCUCUCUCUCAUGAAUGUGCUGCUGCCACGGCAACAGAACGCUCGUAAACUAAAGCUUGACCCAUUUUAUUGUUUUGAUUCCCCUCCAAACGACAGGCGGCCUCAGCGGUUGCUCUCCUGUCUCCCUUUAAGCCAGUGGUUCCUCUGUCAUUCAGCCAGACCGCAAGACGCACAGCACUGAAUUACAUUUUUUAAAAUGUAAUUACAUUUUUUUAAGACAAAGCCACGUACAGCCAUCGAUGAAGCAUUGUACAUCGCAUGAUGCCUUACUGCGAGGCGAGCUGCAUGAAGACGACUGUUUGAAUACAAUGCCAUGGCGGCGGAACAGACCGCUUUAGACUUCCCUCUCGUAGUUCACUUUGUGUUGUACCAAACCGUGUGCAUUUUACUCUUCUUGCUAUUUAUGAAUCGUCUUUUCUUUCUAACUUAAAUCGACAUCCGGCAAUAGAGCAGAGCGGUUGGUGUCUUCUCACGACCACAAGCCUUUUGACUUCUCACCAGUUACUUUACAGUUUUAGACCGUGGAGAAACUCCGUCGGUGCAAUGCGGCGUUGGCGCAGAGCGAGCAGGUCCAGUGGGGAGCGUGGGUACAACUUAGUUUUGUUAUGAGUGAGCUUUGGCAAGUGGCUGUAAACUUGGCGUUCAGAGACGUACGUGUGCGGCUGCUCGACGCGCUCGUGGACGAGCGGGAGCGACCGCAGACGCGAAGGAUCGGCCGUGAGGUCUGGUGGCGUUCGGAGAUUAAACAAAGUGCCUGAUUCGGUUAAGAGUGUGAGCGGUCUGUCGGAUGGAAAGCUUUGUUGGGUCGCCUCUGUUCCAACACUUAGCGAACGCCCUCCCCCCAGUCAUAUAUUGCAAUCUGAUACUUUGGUUCUGCCAUACAGUUUACUUUUAUGGUGCAUAUGUUGGUUUUAUUUGUUGACGCGUAGUUUAAUGUAGACAUUUCUGACUGUCAACAAGAACUUUACAAACGUUAAGGGAGACGUUAUUGCAGGACGGUUGUGUUGGACUAUUGGAUUGUCUUCACUUGGUGCACGGAAACAGGACUCACUGCCAGUCAAAGACUUUCAUGUUCACAUUCAUCUCCUACGGUGGCUUUGCUGCGUUUGUCCUCAGAGGAAGUCUGGGCAUCAGUUUCAGUUCUUUCACAGUUCUGAGUGGUAGCUGCAACUAAUUGCUUGUUUUCACCAUCAAUGAAUGGUUUUGUCUAAAAGUAUCAGAAAUGUCUGUUCUGGUUCCCCACAUGGAGAUGUCAAAAACUCCAAAGGUACACAGCUUACUGUCAUAUAUGACAAAGAAAAAGCUCAAAGUUCUCAAAAUGUUGAGCUUUUUUUGCUUGAAAAAACUAAUUAUGAAUUUUUAAUCGAAAUGGUCUCAAUUAUUUUCCUUUCCAUGAAUUCCUCAGCGACUCACUGCUGCCCUCGUUCUGAGAAAUAGUCCUCUACUUUGCAGAAAAGUAGAGGAAACUGAUUUUUCUGCUACUUUUGGACACACUGGUUGCUAAUCCAUCCCACAUAUCACUUAAAUGGAAACACCAACAUUAUGAAGUAUAUCUAUAAUUUUCACGCCUUUUUUUUAAUUUGCCAUUAUUGCAAUAACCGCCGCGGUUGUUCAAUGCCCAGCUGUUGAAAUGUGGUAAGUCACGGCCUCGCAGUAGAGUUUACAGGCGAAGCCUCAAGGUUUCAUCACUUGGACCAAACCAACGUGCCUGGUCAGGGGGGUGGGGGGUGGGUGGAGGACUUGGGGGCGGGGCCUUACAGCAUCGAGCUGAUCUGCUCUGUACUGCUAACUGUGCAAGCCACGUGUCAACACAACCAAACUUGAGCUGCUAUAAGAAAACACACAUUUAUUUAAUGUUUCAUCAGAUGCAUAUAGGCUAUAUAUUAAUACAGAGAGAUUAAGAGAAUAAUGGUAUUUUACUGCACUUAAAGAGUAGUUUUUAUGGUUAGACAGAGACAGGAUUCUUGUUCGAAGUCGCCCACGGUUUAAAACAUUUUAAUUCUGAGGAUAUAUCCGAGCAGUUUGUCUCCCUCUGUUUGUUGUCAUGUUGCAUCCGAUUCUUAAUGUCAGACAUUACCAGCAUUUUAUUUCACUUGAAGAGGAUUAGUCGUGAAUUGUCUAACAUUGUUGGCUAAUGCUCUGCUUGUUUUUUUUAAAGUCUAUCUGGAGCCUUAGUCCCCUUUUCUUUUCUUUUACGGCCCAUGAAGCCACGUACAGUAAAUCCACCUGUAGAGCCGCUUGGCUGACGGAGCUGGACAUCAGAUGCCGUUUGUCCUCAUGAAAUAAAAAGCAUUUUUAAGUCUGAUAAAUAAA